AUGGAUGAAAAUAGUGAAAGACGUGUGAUGUUGUUUGGUGUGAACAUCGCAGCAAAACGUUCUACAACUAAUUACACCAUGAACGACAGUUCCAACACUGAGGAUGAGAAACACAGUGAGAUGGAGCUUUGUUCGUUGGACAAGCAAGAGGAUGAUGGGGAGGAUGAUAGUGAUGAUGAGAGGAAUGAAAAUACGGAUUCUAGUCAGAGUUCCAACCCUGAAAACCGAAAAAAAGUGAAACAAUGGACCAAGGAUGAACACAAGGCGUUUUUGGUAGGUUUACAAACGAUGGGGAAAGGUAAAUGGAAGGAUAUAUCAAGGAACUAUGUGAAGACCAAGACUUCUACUCAAGUUGCCAGUCAUGCUCAAAAGUUUUUUCUCAGAAAAAAAACAUUUGAAAAAACUAAACGCGAGAGCGUUUUCGAUAUGAUGCUUGAUUCUGAAGAUUCAGAAACUCGGACUUCUUCUCCUUCGGGGCAACCGUCCCCCGGCAAGUCUAUUUAG